AUGGCGGCACAGAGGAGAGCGGCGCUGUUCGCCACCGUCCUCCUCCUGCACCACGCGGUGUCUACACUUGCUGGAACGAGCUACUAUGACAUACUGCAAGUGUCGAAAGAUGCAUCAGAGGAGCAAAUCAAGAGGGCGUACCGCAAGCUUGCGCUGAAAUACCACCCUGACAAGAACCCCAACAACGAGGAGGCCGACACACGAUUUGCCGAGAUCAACAAUGCCUAUGAGGUCUUGAUGGAUCAGGAGAAGAGGAAGGUCUAUGACUGGUAUGGCGAGGAUGGGUUGAAGCAAUUCCAGGGCGAGCGUAGUGGCGGAGGUGGUCGUACUAUGAACUUCAAACACGUGUUUAGCAACUUUUUUGGUGGCCGAGGGAUGGAAAAGGAGGGAGAGCAAAUAACUAAGGGUGAUGAUGUAAUUGUUGAAUUGGAUGCUUCACUCGAGGACUUAUACAUGGGUGGUUCCGUAAAGGUUUGGAGGGAGAAAAAUAUGAUUAAACAAGCUCCAGGCAAGAGGCGAUGCAAAUGUAGGAAUGAAAUUCGCCAACGAGAAAUCGCUCCUGGAGUGUUCUAUCAAAUUAGUGAGCAGGUUUGUGAGACAUGCCCAAAUGUGAAGUAUGUAAGAGAAGGUGAUUCCAUUAACGUUGAUAUUGAAAAGGGAAUGCCAGAUGGACAGGAAAUUUUAUUUUGCGAGGAAGGUGAACCUAAGAUUGACGGAGAGCCUAGUGAUUUGAAGUUUAAGAUCCGGACAACACAGCAUGAGCGCUUUAGAAGAGAAGGCAAUGAUUUACAUGCAGCAAUGACAAUUUCACUACUCAAAGCUCUUGUUGGUUUCAAGAAGAACUUCAACCACCUCGACAACCAUUCAGUGGAAAUCGGUACCGAGGGGAUCACCAAGCCGAAAGAGGUUAGGAAGUUCGAAGGUGAGGGCAUGCCACUGUACCAAAGCAGCAGUAAAGGAGACCUCUACAUCACUUUCGAUGUAGUCUUCCCAGAACACCUAACUGAUGACCAGAAGGCCAAGCUGACGAGCAUUUUAAGUUUUCUUUAG